AGGACCUCAUUGUAGCACUACCUCCUGAUCCAGACUCUGCUGGACUCAUUGCACCAGGACCUCCUGAUCCAGACUCUGCUGGACUCAUUGCACCAGGACCUCCUGAUACAGACUCUGCUGGACUCAUUGCACCAGGACCUGGGCUUGUUCAUAGAUCUGCCAGAUGGCACCAAAGAACACCCGGCUACCACCUGCUUGGAGCUGUGGCUGUCCCAGCCCAACUUCACUAAUGUGCACCAGUCCCUCCUGCAGCCAAGCACCCCACAACAUGAUGCUGCCACCCCCUGUAACGGUCUUCGUCGUCCUCGGAUGAAGGGGAAGAGAAAUCAGACCAAAAUGCAGCGUGGGAUGUAUUACAUUGAUCCUAACCAGGGCAGCCCAGCUGAUGCCAUUCUGGUCUACUGUGACUUCACUGCAGCACCAAAGACUUGUCUGUCUCCACUCCAUCCUCAGGUGCCAAUGACGGCAUGGCUGAAGGAUUCUGGGACAAAUAGCUCAUUUCAUUGGUUGAGUUCAAUGGAAAAAGGCUUUCAAUUUGAGUAUCCAGGACCGGAUGUAGUGCAGAUGAGGUUCCUUAGGUUAAACAGCAGGCUCACCAGUCAGAACAUUAUCUACUCCUGCCAGCCUGGGAACAAACAGAGACCAGGGGAAAGAGAGGUGAAGUUCCUGGCAGACACACAAAGACAAAGUUACCUGGGGACAUUACGAGAUUGUGUGUCCUCUGAGGAGCUGGAUUCCGGAGAACGUCGUGAUUCAGGGUUCCAGUUUGAGAGCGAGGACCUCAAUCUACUUCCCCUGAGAGAUCUGGCAGUGUUUGGAAGCAGUGACCUCACACAGGAGUUUGGAUUCACUGUCGGGCCUGUGUGCUUCAGCUAAAGGAAGAGAGACACUCUCUCUAAGGACUGGCAAGAGCAGAGACAACAAUGAGACAACCACCAGACAACCUCCAGCUAGCGGGGAAAUGACUCAGAGAAACUGGAAAGAGACAGAGAAAGGCAUCAGCACCUCUCCACUUCUCAUGACAGAAUUGUUUAUUGACAAAGUAGAAGUACGAACCAACAGGACAAAGUGUGCUUUCUCUCUCCAAAGGUUAACCAGUUAACAAACAUGAACUGGUUGGUCUGUGGCCAGGGAUAUUCUUGGGAGAAAGUAUCUUUGUAUUUUGUGUACACUGAUUUCAUUUGUGAUAUUGAAACAUGCUUAUUUAUGUAAUUGGUUUAAAUGACGGCAGUUUCCUUAAAUGUUUAAGUUGCUAUAAUUCAGUUUUUUACAAACAUUCCCAUACUUAAUUCAGGUAUGUUCUUGACCAAGAGCACUGUGGUUUACACAACCUUCACUGCUGCAACUUAACAAUAUGUUCCAAAUCUGUGCUCACUCUACCCUUACAUCCCAAGUUAGAAACUAAGAAACAUAUUGAUCCCUUGGUCAAAAAGUAGGAAGACUAAUAUAAUGAUUAUUAGGAGCUAUGACAUUUUAUUUGGUGAUAACAUUUUGUGCAUUCUUGCAGCACCUGAGAGAUGCAGUAGCCUAACUACCAUUUGUGAUGUCUGUUGAUACAGAGGAACAAUGCGGUACUAUAAAACAUGUUCUCAAA